UCACUUGCGCAGGCAAAGAAAAUGUCAAACAAUGACCGGCAGGCGGGCGGAGAAGCGGUGGACGUGACUUUCGACUGGGUGACGCGAAGAAGAAAAAAAACAAUAAAUAGACACAUGAUUCUUAGUUAUUUAUUGUGAUUUAUUGCUGUUAGAAAAAGGCGCCAAAGCGUGAGUGUGCUAACAAAACAUGGGUUAGGGAAAGAAAAAUACGAAAUAAUUUCGCAACUAACUUUGGUGCUGACAAGCUCUAUAUUUUAUACAAGAAAGUUGCACGCAGACUUAGAACUUUCUUAAUAGAUAUGGCAUAGUGGUGGGCAUUUGUGGCGGAAUUUCUUUUCAUUUCUGGGCCGUAAGAAAGAAACGCACUCAGUCUGCCACAAGCGCUCAAGUCCAAGUUCAUUGUGGGCUCUCCAGAUUGGCCGCUGUAUCCAGCCACACUGUCCUGCUGCAUUCGGGUGUUGACGCAGAGCCUCGGGGCUGGGUAGGGGAUCGGGUUUUAUUUAAGGAUCCAGUCGUUCUGUUUCUUUCUCUGUCUGUCUAAAACCUUCUCAGAGAGAGAGCGAUGUUCGCGUGGCGCCGGGAGCUGCGGAGCGUUCGAGAGGGGUGUAGUCCAGUCUGGCUCGGAGAAAGCCAGCGCUUCCUUCAUUGACAGGCGACCGCCUGACUUUUCCCCGUUAAAUUCUCUAGCAUAAUCUCAAGCCCGCUGCCCUAGAAAGCAGCUCACGAGCGGGCGGGAAAAGAUAUCUCUCCUCGAAAGCAGGUGUGAGACCGAGGGAGAGGAAGGUGUGCGUGAGGCGGCCGCCCGACUGUCACACUGAGAGAGGCAGAGUUGCGAUGUGGACUAUAUAGUAACUAUAGGCGGGGUUAAAGUUCAGGAUGGAGAAGCGAGCUGGCUUCAGUUCGAGACUGAAAUGUGAAAGCCGGCUUUUCCUCUCACCACCACCAGCACCGCCACAAUAAUGUACUCUCCGCUCUGUCUCACCCAGGAUGAAUUCCAUCCCUUCAUUGAAGCACUUCUGCCCCACGUCCGAGCCUUUGCUUACACAUGGUUCAACUUGCAAGCCCGAAAGCGAAAAUACUUCAAGAAGCAUGAGAAACGCAUGUCAAAGGAGGAAGAGAGAGCAGUGAAGGAUGAGCUGCUGAGCGAAAAGCAAGAGGUGAAGCAGAAAUGGGCAUCCAGGCUCCUGGCAAAGCUGCGCAAGGACAUCCGACCUGAGUAUCGAGAGGAUUUUGUGCUGACAGUCACUGGGAAGAAACCUCCUUGCUGUGUGCUUUCAAACCCAGACCAGAAAGGCAAGAUGCGGCGGAUUGACUGCCUGCGGCAAGCAGACAAGGUCUGGAGGCUGGACCUGGUUAUGGUGAUUUUAUUCAAAGGUAUUCCACUCGAAAGUACUGAUGGUGAACGACUCGUAAAGGCCUCACAGUGCUCUAAUCCUGGGCUGUGCGUGCAGCCACAUCAUAUAGGAGUUUCUGUUAAGGAACUCGAUUUAUAUUUGGCGUACUUUGUGCAGACACCAGAUUCAGGUCAGUCUGAAAGUCCUAGCCAGGCAAGUGAGGAUAUCAAGGACCAGCCAGAAAAUGGGCAUUUGGGCUUCCAGGACAGCUUUGUUACAUCAGGCGUGUUCAGUGUUGCUGAGCUGGUGAGAGUGUCACAAAUACCAAUAGCUGUCGGAACAGGCCCAAACUUCUCCCUCUCAGAUUUGGAGGGAUCUUCGUACUAUAGCAUGAGCCCGGGGGCUAUGAGGAGAUCCUUGCCCAGCACGUCCUCAAGCAGUUCUGCAAAACGCCACAAAUCUAUGGAAGAUGAAAUGGACAGCCCUGGUGAAGAACCCUUUUAUACCAACCAAGGUCGAUCUCCAGGGAGUGGCAGUCAGUCAAGUGGUUGGCAUGAGGUGGAGCCAGGAAUGUCAUCGCCUACUACAUUAAAGAAGUCAGAGAAGUCUGGUUUCAGCAGUCCCACGCCUUCGCAGACCACCUCCCCUCGAACGGCAUUUACACAUCAUCAUCGGCCUGUGAUUACAGCACCCAGAGCAAGUCCUCAUGCAACAGCCUCAACUCUACAUUUUCCAACAUCUCCCAUCAUCCAGCAGCCAGGUCCUUAUUUCUCACACACUGCCAUCCGCUAUCAUCCACACCCUAGUCAGGAGAGCCUGAAGGAAUUUGUUCAACUUGUCUGCCCUGACACCAGCCAGCAGUCAGGACAGGUGGGGUUCCUAAAUCCAAAUGGAAGCAGCCAAGGCAAAGUCCAUAAUCCAUUCCUUCCCACCCCAAUGUUGCCACCCCCACCUCCUCCACCUAUGGCUAGGCCUGUGCCUCUGCCAGUGCCAGACACAAAACCAACUACCACAUCUACAGAUGGAGGAGCAGCUUCACCUACUUCACCCACCUAUUCGACACCCAGCACCUCCCCUGCAAACCGAUUCGUGAGUGUUGGACCACGGGAUCCCAGCUUUGUAAAUAUCCCUCAACAGCCACAGUCCUGGUACCUGGGAUAAAGGCCAUAGCUUCCCGCCACCCAGCAGACAGACCACCUGACCCCUUCCCAACUCUGUAACAUGGGAGCAAGACAACUUCACUUCAAGCUGUGGGGGGAGGGGAGAUCAAUAGAAUUUCAACAGAGAAAAUAUGACAUGAAACAGCACGCCUAAAAGCUGAAUGAUGAAGACCAUAGCAAUGGAUUUACUUAAUAAGAACUGGUCAUACUCGUCAUUUAUGUUAUCGUGCUAUUGAUAUGUAAGGGUCUGUUAUUGAGGUACUGAAAUAUUUAGGCUCUAUUAGAAAACUCUGAAGUGUUUUAGUAGUAGAAAAUAGGCAUAGCAAGGUAGUCUCUCAUACCGGAUAGAACUAGUCCGCUAUCACUUACCAACUGUGUGAUUAUUACACAGUUUAUGUAGAGUCUAACUAUUUCAGGCAAUCUCUAGCUAGCAGGAGACCCUCAACAGAUAAAAUAUUAGUGAAAGAUAAUGAAACACAUGUAUUUUGAAGUUCCAUAGCUAAAUCCUGCAAGAUAUAAAAUACUACAACACCAUGGAAAUAGCUAGGGCAGCUUUCUCUGCAACAUAUCACAAAAUACAGCUCUUCUUUUUUUCCAGAGAAUUUAUUAAACACAAUCCAAGCUAUAUACCGAUGCACAUUAAUUAUCAUAGCUCCGAUAGGCCUCCUGAAAGGUAUACAAAAUCCAAACAUCUCACACCAAGAAGGUUGAAAUGCUGCAUUCACGCCAUUUUAGUUUUGUUUUUUAUUUCUCUCCAACAACAAUAAGAUAAAUUGUUAAAAAUGAGAAAUCCAUGCAAACUGGGGAGGAUGGUCUGCUUUGAUUGAAACUGACAGGAAUCAAUCAAAAAAGGUUUAAUUUUUUUGAUUAAUUGAGUAAAGUGCAAUUUCAUUGGAUAGUUAAAUAUCUUUGUAUGAUAGAGAUUGUUGAAAAUUCUAUUUUUGUUUUCCAAGUCCUCCCACCCCAGGACUCUAAACUAUCGGGGUAAAAUCAUAGCCUUGCAAGAAAAAAAGGGGAGCUAUUUUUUGCUUUUUUUAUUUUUUUUAAAAUAAACUUGCAUCCCUCAAAUAAACUGAAGGAAGAUUUAAAAAAAAAUUAAAAAAAAGCUAAUGGUGCUUUUACCAGAUCAUGUAAACUACAUUCAAAAUUAUAGCUACUCAUUGUUUUAACUAAGCACAUAAUAGAAAAUCGCCACAUCGUACUAUAAGUAAAGUUCUUUCUAAAUUCAAAGACACAGUACACAGAUUAAAAUCUUGACGAGUUUUUCAUUGUUCCACCUUGGAACACUAGAAUUCAGAUCCACAUGUUGUAUCUAGGAAUUUAUCCGUAUCAAUUUAAGUAACUUGUACAUGUAAGAAACAAAAAAAAAACACUGCAUUGAAAUAGAUUUUUGACCAAACAGCAAAGCAAACCCUCAUCCAUGCUAUGAGGCAUGCUUCGCAAAUAUUUAACAAACCAUUUUCCCAUGGUAUACCAACCGUAUAUAUUCUCUGCUUGGCUUGCCAGCCAAUCAGACAUUUAAAAUGCAUGAUCUAGUGUUAGUGACUAAUUUUUAUAUAGACAAUGUAGGAGAAAUGUAUAGUGCAUUAAGACACAAGAAAUAUAAUCCCUAUUCCGGGCACUUGCCUUUUGAACUGUACUUGUUGGGCCUACAAAAAGGGCCUCUACUACUGUCCUAUACAAUCAGUAAACAGAAAGUCUUGGGAAGACACUUUUGCUCCUCACUUUUUCCCUAAUGGAAUAAGUUUCUUGAUUUGCACGAAUAAUAUAAAAAAAUUCCGCAUCAAUGUGCCUUGCCCUGGAUAGCAAUUAUACGUGGAAUCAUUGCACAUGUUCCUAUAAUGUAACAAUCCUCUUGGGUCUUUUCCUGGUGUAGCAAUCAGAGACACUUUUUAAAUGCGACAUUGAUGUCAGCCAUUGUAAAGUUAGAACAUGUAGAAAACAAAUCAGUUUUGCCGCAGAUAGGAUUAGAUUUCAUUGUUCUUUACGGUCAGUACUUUUGAAAUUUGUAGAUGCUAGUGUAUCAGUAUUUUUUUUUGGAUGUUGCUACAUUUUAAUAUUAUUUGGCGUCUUCCUUUGUUUUCCCAGAUAUAUGAAAAAAUAUGCAAUACCUGAUUUAUCAUGUAGAAAUGCUUAGCAAGUUUUAAUUUUAAUUUUUUUUUAUUUGACCAAAGUUGGUGCUGCUGUUAAUGCAGUCUGUUAGGUGUUUGUCUUGUAAAUUGUAAACGCUGAAUGCACAGACAGGAAGGGCUCUCCUUAGAGUUGCAGUAGAACUGUGAAGCACUAAGCUGAACCCUGCUCCAACAAAUUUCAGAACAGUUUGUUCACAUUUGAGCCUUAAACUUUCAUUCAAACCCCAGACCCAUAUUUUUGUCAGCAUAGCAGACUGCAAGGAAUUUGCAUUCAAGAAAAACAAAAAAAUGCCCAUUUUAUAUGCACAUUUGAAACUUCCAAGUUUUCAAAUUGUUUACUGAUUAUGUAUAUUAAAAUGAUUAAAACAAGUUUCUGGAUUUUGAUAGGUGUCUACUAAGUGGUGAGUAAGUGUUCCACAAUACCGUAUUGUGUGAUUGUAAUUGUUUGAUGUAAUUUCUUGUAAUCCACAUCCUUAGCCUUCCUUUAGCACGUAGCUGGGCAUUACAUUGACAUAUGUGCACUAUAAAGAGCAGCUUGCAGUGCUUCACAGUGAAGGGAAUAGCACGGACAAAUUUUUUUGUAGGAACCUUGUUAAAUGCCAAGGUUUAUGAGUAGAAUUGGUUGUACAUACAAAAUAAUAAGUAAAAAAAAAUGCACCCUGUUUUUAAAACAGUUUUUAAAAAAAAGCAAUAGUUUGGGCAGUUAAUUUUUUUAAAUUUUUUUUUGUUGGUGAGUGUGAUUAGUCAUGGCUGCAAAGCAAGGAAAGAGAAAAAGUUGAGCUGCCCAUUCAGCAGAUUUGUAAUUUGUAUGUUGUAUAGUUGUAUUAAUUACACUGAUUUAAUCUGCCCUAUUUUGUAAUGCAGGAACUUUUGUAACAUUGUUAAAAUGAGAAAAAAAAUCUGUCAACUUAGCUUAGUGGAUCUUCUGAUUGUUGGUUAUAAGGCAGCAUUCGUAGUAUUGCUAUUCCUCUGGGAACUGGAUUUGAGUUAUAAACUUUCCUGUUUCCUUUUUUGUAUGUAUUUAAGUACUUUAUUUUUCUUCUUUGAUUGGUAUGGCAUAUUCCUAUACUUAUAAAGUAUAGGCUACUGAGAAACCAUUAUAAAUGGACAUUACAUGCUGUAUUUUUGAAGGUAUUUGUCGUUUCAAGUAUGAAAGAUGCUAAGGGAACCUGAACAAAUUUAAAGUUUAAAAAAAAGGAAAAGUUUUUUAAAAGGUUUGGAAAAAUGAUAGUAUGUAGGCAAAAGGGUAAUGGAUGAAACAGACUGUAAGUAUUAUUAAGCUAACUCUCUUUCACAAUAUCAAGAACACUACAAAAUGAGAAUUUGGUUUCAUUUAGGAGGUAUGGACAGCAUGUCAUUCUUGUAAUAGAAGGGAGGUGUGAUUAUUUUUUUCUUUACUCCCCACCCAACCGUCAGGCUGGGUAGAUGUAAUGUUAACUUAACCCUUUGAUUAUUUAAUUAUGUUUGCAUCCUCUUAGAAUGUAACCCUAAGAAUGUUGCUGAGGUACACAAAAAAAGCAAGCUUAGAGUAUACAAUACUUGGUUAGAAAUGUACGUUUCUGUUUUUAGUUAUUUUGCAAAACAGUGAUCAUGGGUUUUUUGUCUGCCAAUAAGUUAGCAGUUCUGAUUGACUGAAAUUAGUCAAGUAACAGUACAGACAGACUAGAAAUUGCCUAAAGCUCUAGAUCAGCUAUACUUCACAAGAAAGGAUGGGAGAAGAGAUAAAGACCACACAAGAAUGAAAAUUCCUCUCGAAAGCAUAGUUUGCAGAAUUCAGUCAGCCCACAGUAAUAUUAAAGUUCCAUGACAGGUUCUCUCACCUUUUUUCUUCAUGCAUAUUGCAGCUUUGUAGUGGCAGUGUUGAUAAAAUAUAUAUUGGACAAAAAAAAAUCAGACUCAGCUUGAAACAGUUUUUUUUCCUUGUAGUGAUUUUUUUGAAUGUCAGACAAUAUUACACUUUGAAUUGUGUCUCUGGAAAUAUCUUUGAUAGAAGGCCUCCAUGGAACAAAAUACCAUAAGAACAUGACUUUGAGAUUGGCUUGAUAAUAUAAGGAGAGCUUUAAUGGCACCUGGCAGGAUUCAGAUGCACUAAAAUAAAAAAAAAGUCUUGUCUUGAGAGUAUUGCAUGCAUCAGCGUUUGACAGUAAAACCCAGCUUUGCAUUUGCAAACCGAGGCUGUACAACAGCUCGGCACUUAGAAAGCCUUUUUAAUUAAAAAAAAGUUUAAAAAAGUUUGCAAACAAUACUGAAAAUUGCUUUGAUGUGUAGCAGAUAACAUUGAAGCUGUCCCAUAGCACUUAAUUGUAAUGAAUACUGUGUCACCAAGUUUAUUCUCAAAUUUACUGUUAAAUGCAAAUCCAUUACAUGGUGCUAUUACAGGCUGGCAACAAAAUGUGACAACUUGGGCUCACUUCACUUGCUUUAUGACAGUGUAAAUGCGUAGCAGUGUUUUCUGCAUGAGAACUAUGCACAAAAUCUAUGGUUAACCUUGGUAUCUAUUGAGUUUACGUCAAUCCUUGCCUUUUGUCAUUAUUAUAAAUGCCAGCUUUAGAUAAAAUAAAGAAAUAAGAAUACCAGCAUAUUACCUGAAACAUUACAAAAAAAAGUGGUGCCUGUGAAAUCUGUAUUAUAUGAAUCUUCUGAACUACAAUUUUCUACAACGGUCGCCUUCGCUGUCUGUCAGAACCUUCUCCUCAUGAUGAUUAAGCAAAUGUAAAGUAACCGUACAAUAUUACUGCAUGCUAUUCCAUAAUGCUUAUUGAGCUGUAUAAAUAUUACUCAAGUUUAUGUUAGUCAUUUUUUUUUCCUGACUUGGUUCUUGUCAGAUAGUUUAAAGAUAUUUCACUGAGAACCCAUCUGUCUAUUUUUGGGGGUGUUUUCAGGUUUUUUUUUGAGGUAAUACAUUUACUUUUAAAAAACAUUUUCAGUAUUACUUAUUUUUGUUUGUUUAUUUUGCUUCACCCUAGGGGGUGGGCACAGUUCCAAAUUUAGAAACUGUGUACCCAACAAAACUUACCUGACAGUUAUCUAUAAGUGGCAUCGCACGCGAUUCAGUUUAAUUUUUUUUAAUUGACGUCUGUGCAUUUACCGUCCCAUUACUGUGCAGCAGUGCUGUUUUGUCCGGGUUAGAAGCUCCUUCCCUAGCAGAAGGACUAAAAAGAACUUCAGUUUUUUUUGGGAGCAGGUAGCACUUUAACAGAUGGGAGAAUGGGUACCCGUGCCCACCCCUACCUUCACACCAGAGCACGUAUUUUUAAAACGAGAAUUAAAGAAAUGGCUGUUUAGUUUCAUGCACGGUUGAACAUUUACUUUAGAUGAAUUCAGUAAAAAUGUUGUGCCUCUGGUACUGGCAAUGAUUCUGUUCUCGUGGUCAUUUUUUAAAACAAACGUGUAUGUGAAAGUAUGUUAUUGGUUGAGAAACACUGUGGGCAUCAAUUCUUACUCAACUAAAUCUCUGCAAGUUUUGAGCUGGUGUGGAUUAGUUUAACUCUUGUAUUCAACCAUUAGUGCUACCACCUUCUCACAUUACAAUACAAUUACUGGAAGCAAAUGCUGCAUUUCCUAUGCAACAAAAAAAAGGAAAAUAAAAUGCUAAUGCUACUGUA